AUGGCCGAGCCAGUGAUGACCAACAUCGAACCGAAGACACCGGCUGGCAAUGAGUCCCCGCACGAUGGUUUACUACUCCCAAGGGCCCGUCUAGACGCGGGGAAAAUUCCUUUGACAUCCUGGACGCCAUCCUCAGAGGAGGAGCGGCGCAUAUUCCGCGUCUGGAAGGGGUUCACCCUUGCCGAACGAACCAAGGAUACGGUGUCUUGGAUUUGGGACUACGGCGUUGAGAUUCAAUCAGAAGCAUCCAGGCAGCGCUGCUCUCAAAUCAAACAAACCAAAUCCGGACCUGUAUUUGUUUGUUUGACAACUUUUUGA